GGGACACAUGAAUACAUACUUGGGCUAUAAAAUUAUUGGUCUAGAAAAGAGAUCUAUUGGUAUAGAAAAAUAUAAAAUAUUCAAAUGCAUUAUUUUCGAACGGUUCGGUCCGGUAUUUUUCGGUUCUCAAAAUCUAGGAUCGAUCUCGUACCCGUUUCAAAUAGUACGGUUUCGAUACGAGAUAAAAAUCUAUACAAUCAUUUAAAUACCCGUUAUUCAAUUCGGUACCAUUACGAGACGGUUCGGUACCGAUUCGGUUAGGGUUUUAUGCCCACCCCUACUAUAUAUACGCAAGACAAGAGUACAAGUUGUGCUUCCUCCAUUAUAUUGGCUUUCAAACCGACUUAUAUUUUCCAUUUAUUUAUGCAAUACCUCGAACAACAAAAAUGGCGGACACUCAAUCCAAUGCGCCCAACGUCCUCGUCGUCCCCACCCCCGGAAUCGGACACCUCACGCCGCUCGUGGAGUUCGCCAAGCGCCUCUCUCUCCAGCACAACUUCUCCGUCACUUUCAUCCUCCCCACCGACGGCCCCAUUUCCGCCGCCCACAAGUCAAUCCUCGAAAACCUCCCCGCCGGGAUUUCGUACACGCUUCUGCCGCCGGUCAACUUCGACGACUUGCCGGAAGACGUGAAGAUUGAGACUCGGAUAUCCCUCCAAAUCACCCGCUCCCUACCGGCCCUCCACGACGCGUUCCGGUCGAUCGUCGCGACUUCCAAACCCGUCGCUCUCGUCGUCGAUCUAUUCGGGACGGAUGCUUUUCAGGUCGCCGUUGAAUUCGGCGUUUCGCCGUAUAUUUUUUUCCCUUCCACGGCGUUGUGCUUGUCCUUCUUCCUCAACUUGCCGGAGAUUGACGGGAAGGUGUCCUGCGAGUAUAGAGAAAUGUCUGAGCCGAUCCGGCUCCCGGGAUGUAUUCCGGUUCGCGGCGAGGAUCUGUUGGACCCGGUCCAGGACCGGAAAGACGAGGCUUACAGAUGGGUCCUUCACCACACGAAGCAGUACAGAAUGGCGGAGGGUAUUCUCGUGAAUUCGUUCGAGGAUUUGGAGCCCGGCGUGCUGAAAGCCUUACAGGAACCUGAACCAGGAAAGCCGCCGGUGUUCCCGGUCGGACCGUUGACGAAGGUCGGCAAACCAAACGGUACGACGAACCGGUGUCCGGUCCUGGAGUGGCUGGACCACCAACCACGUGAGUCAGUUAUUUACGUGUCUUACGGCAGCGGCGGGACCCACACACAGAAACAACUGGAUGAAAUCGCCUGGGGAUUGGAGACGAGCGGGCAGCGGUUCGUUUGGGUAGUCAAGUCUCCAAACGACGCCACUUCGAACGCGGCAUAUUUCAACGUUCAAAGCUCGGCGAGCCCCGUUGACUUUCUGCCGGAAGGUUUUACCGAGCGUACGAAGGAGACGGGGUUGGUUGUCCCGGACUGGGCCCCGCAGUCCCAAAUUCUGAGCCACGUGGCGAUCGGAGGGUUCUUGACCCAUUGUGGGUGGAACUCGAUCCUCGAGAGUCUGGUUCAUGGGGUCCCUUUCGUCGCUUGGCCGAUGUACGCCGAGCAGAGAAUGAACGCGGCCAUGUUAACUGAGGAUCUUCAUAUAGCGUUGAGACCGAACCGGGGCGAAGACGGGCUAGUUGGGAGAGCGGAAAUUGCUAAAGCUGUAAAAUCAUUGAUCGGAGGGGAGGAAGGGAAAGAAGUUCGUCGGAGGAUGAGCGAGCUGAAAGAAGCGGCCCGCCGCGUGCUCAGCCCGGAGGGGUCUUCCACCAAGGCACUUGCUCGUCUCGCCGGAAAACUCAAAGCCAGAUCCAGUUAAUCCAGUCACGGUUAUGUUUGUUUUUUCUGGUGAAUUAUUACACGUACGUUUGAUUGAUGCCAGAUCAUUUGAUCCGGACCAGAAUAGGCUCCCACGAUUUGUUUAUGCUUCCUUUUAAAUCUGUAACAAAAUAAUCUUCAAGAUGAUGUGAUUCAAAAUAAAGUUUUCAAAGAUUUUGUGAUUCUAUUCUUUCUUUCUAUUCAACAGAAUUCUGAAUAGCUUAGUUUCUACUCUCUUUAAAGCGCUAAUAGAACCGUGGACGUAAUUCAAUUGAUAGGUAUGAUGUCAUAAGGGGAGUAAUUCAUGGUUUUGAAUUCUAAUAAUUGAAAAAUCUCCCAUAAAAGAAUAGGUGUCCAAACAAGGACCAAAUGGUUGCCCGUGCAUGUAACGGAUAAUGUUAGACGAAUGGACAUCAAAUAAUGGGAAACUUUGUUGAAUUGUUG